GCCGUCAAGCAAGCAGCACACCCGGCGCCCUUCUCGUCAAGCCCACGGUCUGGCCCGAGGUGAGCGAUGCUGGCCCCGCUGCGCCAAGUCUGGCCGAUGGUCCGGCGCGGCCAGCGCGCCAAGAGCACGCUGGUCAGGACGACGCCGCCGCCGGGCAUGAUGCUCGGCCUCAGUGCGUCGCGCGCCGAGACGCGGCCGCUCGUGGCGCUCGAGAGCACCAUCAUCUCGCACGGCCUGCCGUGGCCGCUGAACCUCGAGACGGCGCAGGCAUGCGAGCGCGCCGUGCGCGACGCCGGCGCCGAGCCGGCGACGAUCGCGCUGCUCGACGGUCGCGUGCACGUCGGGCUGUCGCCGCAGCAGCUCGAGCGCGUCGCCCGCUGCGCCGAGGAGGGCAACCGGGAGACGGCGACAAAGACGGGCGAGCGCGACAUUGCUGCCGUGCUGGCACGCGGCGGUAUCGGCGGCACCACCGUCUCGGCCACGCUGCACCUCGCGCGCCUGGCCGAGAUCGAGUUCUUCGCGACCGGCGGCAUCGGCGGCGUGCACCGCGGCGCCGAGACAUCGUUCGACAUCUCGUCUGACCUGACGGCUCUGGCGCGCGCCCAGGGCACGUCGGUCUUCUGCUCCGGCGUCAAGAGCAUUCUCGCCAUCGAGCAGACGCUCGAGUACCUCGAGACGAUGGCGGUGAACGUGAUGAGCUUCAAUCCGACAGGCGAGUUCCCUGCGUUCUACUCGGCGCGGAGCGGCUUCUUCGUGCCGCCCGUCAGGGGGCCGGAAGCGGCAGCGCGCAUCAUCAUGCGCUCGCUCGACGUGCAGCAGCCAGGCGCCAAUCUCUUCGCCGUGCCCAUUCCGGAGAAGUACGAGGCGGCAGGCGAGGCGAUUGCGCGCGCCGUCGAGCAGGCUGUGGCAGAGAGCGUGGCCAACGGCAUGGCGAAGCGCGGCAAGGAGGUGACGCCGUGGCUGCUGAAGCGCGUCGGCGAGCUCAGCACGUCGUCGAAGGAGAGCAACGUGGCGCUCGUCGUCAACAAUGCCCGCGUGGCCGCAGAGACGGCUGUCGAGCUGCAGUGGUUGCGCGGCUCCAAAGACGCCAAAAGCGGCCGAACGUGGAGCAGCCGCCGUGGCGAGAACGGUCUCGUGUUUGGCAAGCCCGGCAUGCCGCUGGUGCGUGCGGCCGGCGACCCCGACGCGCUGUUGUCGCCAGCGCAGCGCGCGGUGAAGUUCGAGCGCGAGUUAGACGCACGCAUGGCGCUCGGCAAGCUGGAACAGGCUGCUGCCUUCGGGGAUGAGAUCGACGAAGAGACUCAACGCAACGCAGAGAAGCUGCAGCAACUGGCUGAGCAAGCAGCCGCUAACAACUACGAAGAGCCCGGUCCGCAAGAAAUCUUAGUCUUCGGCGGCGCCGCUCUCGACUUCACUACGAGAGCACACCCAGACGAGACGGACACACGAGACGCCAUCGAGCCAUCGCUGCGCGAGACACCUCUCGGCGCCGGUCCAAUCUUGGGCGACACGCUGCCCGGGCGCAUGUGGGUGAACGCCGGCGGCGUGGCACGCAACGUCGCCGAGGCGGCCUCUCGUCUCUCGGCUUCACCGGACGCUGUGCAGCUCAUUGCGCCCAUCGCGGAGGACCAGCAAGGCGAGAUGCUGGAGAGUGCAUUGGAGGACGCCGAGAUGCGCACAGACGGCCUCUUCGUCGCGCCGGGCGCCUCUACCGCCACGGCCACGAUGAUGCUCUCGAGCGACGGCAGUCUCUUGAGGGGCAUCAUCGACAUGGACAUCACCGAGCAGCACAUUUUGCCUGCGACGGUGAGCGAGGCACUUGCGCUGCGCAGCCAGGAAGAGAGCCACCUCGUGGCGGCGCUGGACUGCAACGUGUCAGUGCCGACACUGCGCGCAGCCUUCUCGUACAUGACUGGCCGCCACAGCGCCGUGCUGCUGGUGGAGCCGACGUCAGUGGUCAAGAGCCGACGCCUCAUCUCUGCGCUCGUGCCAGUCGCAAGUGAGGAGAAGCAAGAACGGCUCCGCGUGAACAUCUGCACGCCGACGAUGGACGAGCUGCGGGCCAUGUUCCAGGCGGCGUGUGACGAGGGCCUCGUCCAGGCCAAGCGCGAGCAGACGGUCAGAAGCGACGCAAACCCAGAAGGAGCGAUGGCGCUGCAACUGUCGCGUCUCCUUGGCGGUUGCCUCAUGCUGGUCAAGGACGGCGCCAACGGUGUGCUCUCCGCUCGCCGCAUCGACGGCCACGACGAGAUCCUGCACCAUCCCGCGCAAGUUCUGGCGCCCGGCAGCAUCGUCAGCAGCUCUGGCGCCGGCGACACGUUCGCCGGCUGCAUGCUGGCGCUGAGCAAUGAGUCGUUGCGGGAACGCGGCAUGCAUCCCAGCGCCUGGACUCAGGCGCAGCUGAGCGAGGCCAUCGCCAUCAGUCAGCAGGCUGCCUGUCUCUCGCUCGCCUCGUCGUCUGCCAUCUCCUCGGAGCUGGACACUCUGUGGCCGCGGAUCGAGAGCUUCCUGGAUACCGUUGGCUUCCCGAGGGUCCUCGAGUCCCCAGACGACCGGAAGUCCAUCCGAAAGCGCAUGAGUGAAAGGGAGGCUCACCGCAGGAUGCUGCAACGAAUCAAGAGAGAGGCAUGGCUACGAAAGACGCUAGAGGCGAAGAAGCAAGAACGCGCCGACAAGCGCGCAGCGGCCUUGCUUGCGCAGCGCGAGAGCGAGGAGUCGACGUAAAUGCAUCACUGAAGCCCGAGA